UUUAUGUAUACUAGUGCAACUUUAGAUAAGUCGUUUUAUUACGUCUUAGUAAAAUAUUAUACCAUACUGACAAGAAUUUUCUUUUGUUUUCAUUUUGAUCCAGUAGGCAGCGCGCGCGAGCUGUUUUGACGCAGAGAAGACGCGAAGAAGAAGAACAGGAAGUGCACUACUUAAACGAAGAAAGAAGCGGCGUUUAGACACUAAAUAGUGCACUCUGGGGAGAUUUGGGAUCAGGCCACUGCUUUUGUAGGUAAUGAUUGAGAAUGGCGAAACCUGAGGAGGUUUCUGAGGAGUUUGAAGGAUACACUGUGAAAGAUGCUCCACCGACUGUUUACUACAUUCCAGACUUUAUAACAGAGGCAGAAGAGGAGUAUCUUCUCCAGCAGGUGUACAAAGCCCCCAAACCCAAAUGGACACAGCUGUCAGGAAGGAGACUGCAGAACUGGGGAGGCCUUCCUCAUCCGAAGGGGAUGAUUGCAGAGAAGCUCCCUGAUUGGUUGCAGAAGUACACGGAGAAGAUAUCGGACCUCGGAGCAUUUGCUGGGAAAAGCGCCAAUCAUGUGCUAGUGAACGAGUACAGGCCAGAGGAGGGCAUCAUGCCUCAUGAGGAUGGGCCUCUGUAUCACCCCACAGUAACAACCAUCACUCUGGGUUCUCACACGCUGCUUGACUUCUACAGACCUAUCGAUCAAACACAGACUGACGUUCUUCAGACAGAGGAGAGCCGCUACGUGCUGUCGUUGCUGCUGCGGCGGCGCAGUCUGCUGAUCCUACAAGAUGAGAUGUAUAAGCGCUACCUUCAUGGGAUCAGCAACGUUGCCAUGGAUACGCUAACAGAGCGUGUGGUGAACCUGUCGGUGGCAGGAGGACAGUUGGGUGAGACGCUUUCUCGCGGAACCCGAGUCUCCCUCACCAUCCGUCACGUGCCCAAAGUCUGCCGCGCCAACCUGCUGCUCGCCAGGAAGUGACAUGAUCACCACCGAGCCGGACAAACCAGGUAAUGACGCUCUAAUCAGAGCCGGGUCAACCAGCAAGCGACACAUGGCCAACUGGGACGUGAUGCACCAAAAGUUAUGGACAACCAGGAAGUGACACGUGCAUGAUGGCUUGCAAGCGGGAAGUGACAUGACGAGACUCCGAUUUCAGGAACUGCCCAAAUGUUGAUAUACAGACGACAGUUUACCUGAAGCUACAAAAUCUGAGUUUUAAAAUAAACACUUUUGAAUAUCACGACAA